AUGUUCCUACUGCGUGCGGGCGCAUCCCCUGAUGCCCCGCCUUCCAUUUCCGACUGCUGCGGGCGCAUCCUCCUGAUCCCCGCCUUCCGAUUUCCGAUGGGGUCGGGGGCUCCCCUAUCCCCCCCUUUCCCAUUUUCCCCACUGGGGUGCGGGGGCUCCCCUGAGCCCCCGCUUUCCGAUUCCCCCUGGGGGGGGGCUGGUGACCCGUUUUCCCAGUCCCCUGCGGCGGGCGCGCCCCCUGGCCCCCCCCUUGGGGUCCCCCGGUGGGGCCCGGUGUUUCGCCCCGGGGGUUUCCCCUUUCCCGUGACCCACGCCGGCCCCAAAUCCGGGGACCCGCCCUUGGAUGACCUCCGAGGAUGGGAAGGGGGCAUGCCUGAGGGAUAA